AUGGGAAGAGCUCUGAAAAGGACUGGCAGAGGCAAACAGCAGUCAAAUUCGGUACAGGAGUACCUAGACUUGAUAAGUCUUCAAAAACAGCAGUUCGAACAAAUGCGGAGUAAUUACACACAACAAAACUCACAAUUGGCCAAAUCUAACUCGAUGCUGAUGAUUAAAGUUGCAGAUUUAGAGACUAAAAUUAGUGAAUUAGUCCAAGAAAAUGUACAAUUAAGGAGUCGUGUGUCUGUAACAGAGCUAAAGUUCAAAGAAAGACUUAAUGAGAGCUUUAAUUUGUUGGAACAUGACGUGCUUCAAAGGUUUGAUGACGUUGUCAACUUAUUCACAGUAAUCAGAGAACAGCAAGGCCUGCAAGAAUGUGGAAUUGCUAACAAAAAGUCUACAUUAAAAAGGUUUAAGAACACCGAAUAUGGAAUAUCAUCGCCCAAGGUCGUAGAAUUUAACGUACCGAUUAAUAAAGAUAAUUGCAACAAUCAUACGGAAAGUACUAAUGAAGUGGAAUGUAGUAAUCAGCAGCUAAACGAUAGUAGCAGUAUUGAAAUCAAUCUAGAAGAAACUCAGCCACUGAAAAAGAAAAGGAGAAAGAGCUCUCGGAGAGAAUCGUUAUUCAUUCCUUCAGAUUUUGAUUUCUCAAAUGAUAGUUUGGAAAACGCGCUGAAGGAUUUCGAGAGCCCAAAACCUACAGAUGAGGACAGAAGGUCAAUUGCUACAGGUACAAUAAAUGAGGAAAUGAAUCAUGACGAUAUAGAUAAUGAGCACAUGAACUCGCAGGAAGCCGCCUCUAUGCAAAAAACACAAGGAUUACGUACAACUGAGUUGGAGGAGGAUGAACGAGAAGAAGAACUAGAUGAGGAGAUUUUGGAUGCCGAAAAGGAUUUAAGAGAUGAUAACCAACAUGACGAAACAGCAAACUUCACACAUUCGAUUAUAGAAUAUUUUAUCCCAGAGGAAGAAGAUGAAUCAGCAGAGGUUUCUAAUACAAGUAAAUCUAAACUAGAAGUUUACAAAGAUAACAAAGAGAAAGAAACAACAUUUGUAGUAGCUACUAACUUGCAGGACCACUCUGAAUUGAUUUCCUCAAAGAUGCCCUUCGUACAGAUACCGUUAUCAUCACAAUCUAAGAUCAAACAUUCCAUGAAGCCUCCACGUUUGAAUCAACGGAAGAUUGUGGUGGACGAAGUGAUGCCUCAAAAUGGCUACAAUGAUUCAACAAGGCCUAGGAGAACAAGGGGUAAGGCAGUUGAUUACAAAUGGCCAUCACUUAGAGCAAAGAUGAGGAGGCCGACCGAUAAACUAGUUGAUGCUACAACUGUGACAGACAUUCACGAACUUCAGGUCACCACUAACCGCCGGCUAAGAAAAUCAAAAGGUGUUGGAUCUGCACGUUGUGAAGAACUGAAUCAUUCAAAAUCAUUACACAAGGAAGAGAAUAGCAUUGAUGACAAUAGAAAUAGGAAUGAAGCAGAGGUAAACGAACAAGAACACAUAGAGGAACAAAUAAUUUCAGAAAAUAACGAGAAAAACAAGAUCGUUCUACAACUUCCUCCUGUUUUAAAGGAGCGGCGUAUCAACGAGUCACCUAUUAGAAAACCAAUGGUGCUGAAAGAUAUAACGAACAAACGAUAUGUUAACCAAAAAAACAAAAAAGUGCUUUCAAAAAAGCCCAUAGUUGGUGAUAUUAGCGACGAGAACUCAUAUUAUAUCGAUGAGUCAUCAAAAUCUAGCUUUCGACUGAGUGAGGACGAUCUAUCGGUCUUUGAUUUGAUUGGGGGUGCAAAAUGCAGCAGCAUGCCAAAAACGCAUAGGGCCAGAGCAAAGGCAGAAAGACAAGGAAUUAAGAAAGUUACCCCUUUUAAAGUUUAA